AUUAAGAGGAGAAACGCUGGGAAAGGUGUGCUCUCCAUGCUUCAUAAAGAGUUGAGGAUAGAAGAUCGCACAUCCUUUGCAAAUUUUAUUCGAAUGGAUGUAUCGGUAUUUGAAGAACUGCUUCGAAUGGUUUCGCCUUUGAUUCAGAAGAAAGACACUGUGAUGCGUCAGGCAAUUACGGCGCGGGAAAGGCUUGCUGUCACACUGCGUUUCCUAGCGACCGGAAACACUUACAAAGAUUUGGCCUAUUCUACACGAAUAGCGAACAACACGCUCUCCCGUAUGAUACCAGAGACUUUGAUGGCCAUAGCAAGCGUGUUAGGAGAUAAUGCGAUACAGUGUCCACGUGAUCCUGCCGAGUGGAAAGUAAUAGAAGAUGGGUUCCACAGCCUCUGGCAAUUCCCGCAUUGCAUUGGAGCACUUGAUGGGAAACACGUCAAGUUUAGGCCUCUGCGCUCUGAUGGUUCAUCAUUCAGAAACUACAAAGGUCACGACAGCAUAGUUCUUUUAGCUCUAGUAGAUGCUAAUUAUAAAUUUUUGUUUGUGGACAUUGGCAGAAAUGGAAGAAUGAAUGAUGGUGCAAUAUUCAGAGAGAGUGCCUUGUUCGUGAAACUCAUGGAUGGUUCAUUAAAUUUGCCACCAAAGUCUCCACUUCCAGGUAGUGACAUCUGUGUUCCCUACAUGUUUGUGGCAGAUGAUGCUUUUGCGUUAAAGGAAAAUUUAAUGAAACCAUAUCCUGAACGUGACAUGACACCUGAAAAAAGAAUUUUUAACUACAGAAUUUGUAGAGCACGUAGAGUUGUGGAAAAUGCCUUUGGCAUAAUGUCAAACAAAUUCAGAAUUUUGCUGCAGACUAUUCCACUAUCUGUUUCCAAAGUAGAGCUCAUUACAAAAGUGUGUUGUUUGCUACAUAAUUUUGUACUUGCCAGAAACUCUCAAGGAUAUAUCCCGCCAAAUGUAGAUGAAUUACCAUGUCUUCCUGGCAUUGCUACUCAGGGUGCAAAUCAUAGUGCAGCCAGUGCAAGAGAAGUGAGACAACAUUUGACAUGGUAUUUCAAUACUGUUGGCAGAGUUCCAUGGCAGGAAAGGUGUGUUCAGGAAGGUAACAGAUAAUGGUUUACUAUGUUUCUGAAACAUUACCUUAUUCAUUGUUUCAUUUUCAGUCCUUUGGCAUAUUGACUGUGUGUGUGUGUGUGUGUGUGUGUGUGUGUGUGUGUGUGUGUGUGUGUGUGUGUGUGUGUGUGUGUGUGUGAGAGAGAGAGAGAGAGAGAGAGAGAGAGAGAGAGAGAGAUAAAUAUAAAUUUAUAUGUAUCUCAAGCAAUGAUUGGAACCUGUGCAAGACCUUGGAAAAAUCUGAUCUUAUUUUGUAUAACAGCUCCACAAUUAAUUACCUGGGACAUGUAGAGAGCCACUAUUAUGAAAUAAUAUUUUUCUUUGAUGGUUAUGAAGAAGGUACGGAAAGACCUACUACACAUUUAUGUAUCCCAAAUUAACAGUUUUGGAAGAUAAUUUUGUGGUGACUGUAUUUGUGGUAGUAAGGUACUGCACAAUAUUUUUUUCUGAUUGAUAGCACUUGGAUUUAUAUGCUUAUUUUUAUUUUACUUAUUUAUUCAUUCAUCGAAGGAUCAUCUAACAAUUAUCUGGUAUUUGUCACCAUAAUACAAUGGAAAGACAUAGUUUGUAAAUAUACAUAUAUGUGUACAUAUAAGUAUGCUUUUGGGAUAGGACAGCUGGUUGGUUGUGGCCUUGACAGAACCUUGAUGAGGGGUAACAUAAAUCAGGAUGGCCAAAUAGGGCCUGCUCCAACCUCUAAAAUAUGAGGUUACUAUUUUAACAGUUGGAUUGGCUCAUCUGUUUAACCCCUAUUGUACAGUGUUCUUUGAUUUAAGUACUGUCUGUUCCAGGUAACUUAUAAUACAAAUGUGGUUUUACUGUUCACUUUUGGUUGGACAUGGAACAGCAUUUAGUGAUAACUCUGGAUCACAAAUUUGCUGCUUUACACCGUGCUCUAACUUUAGUCUGCUUGGAAAACUGGCUCCACACUGGUAGACAUACUUCUAUUCCCACCUUUGUCUUGAGUCUUCAUCCCCUGUUAUUCACUUCAGAUAUUGGCACAGGAUUACAGUAUUUUACAGUGUCGGGAUGAUGUUAUCCCAUAUCACUAUUAACCACUUCCAUUAACACUGUAUCAGUGAUUCCCAACCUUUGUGAAACAAUGUUUCUGCAUGGAGUCAGAUAUUAGCUACUACCCUUGCACACCAAUUUUUGUUGCUACUACUUUUUGAUAACCUCUUUUUUUUAUAGAAUGAUGUUGGUAGUCUCAGAACAACAUGUUAAAAUUGGUUCAUUGUACUCCUGUUUGUAAACCAGUUGAUUUUUAGACUCCUUGCGUUUGAAAUACUAGUAACUAGAAGACACCACUUUGCUACUGUUCUGCGUGAGAACUGAAUAAUAAUAAUAAUAAUUUGUGUGGCACAAUGGCAAAGUGCCUUUCUUUUGAUGUGAUGCCACUUCGGCAACUUGCACAUUCCUAAUCUAAUCCUGUUAUCAAGAUGGGACAUGUCAUUUUUGGCAGCUCCUCACAUCACUGAAAGGGGAAUGCUACACUGAAGGCCAACUGAAAAUUUUUGUGGUCUGAACAGCCUUAAAUUUUGCUUCCUGUUUUCAGGCACACUAUCACUAGCCUCCUUUAGCAGUGUAAGAACAAUUACCUACUUUCUAUUAAUUUUGAUGUAUGUUUGAAACUGCAAAGAGAAUAAUGAAGCAAUAUAUGGUUAAGAGAACUAUGUACAACUCUGAGAAUAUAUUUAGGCAUUUAUGAGGUCUCAAUGUUGUCAUAGAUGGCUGCUACAAAGUGUGUGCAUUUUUUUAUCAGUUGCAUAAAACUUUCUUAAUCAGUAUGCAUGUAUUCAAGAAUAUUGUCUAUAUUUCUAUUCAGACAAUAGGUGUCUGUUUUUGUGUGUAAGAGAUUUUCUGCUGUUCGUUUCUGAUUUUCUGUUCCAGAUGCAGCUACCGAUACACCAACUACAUGAUAGGAUUCACGUUCAAGAAUGCUUGUGAAGUGUUCUGAAGGAAAUACUGUUGCAGUUCAUGUGUCCAUAUUUAAAAAGUGUACAGAACAAAGCAGCGAUGUAAAGACAUUUUUUACUGUGUGUGUGUGUGGGGGGGAUUGAGCUAACUGUAGCCAUUAUAGCCAUUAUAUAUGUUAUGGGAUUAUUUGUUUACUAAGUAAAUAUCAAGCCAUCCUGACUUGGGUUUUCGUGGUUUCCCCUUGUCGCUAAGGUGAAUACCGGGAUGAUGUGUCUAAAAUGCCACGGCGGACUUCAUUCACGAGUGUGUCACAUUAUGUAUUUCUCUGAUACAGUUGUUAAAUUUUAAUAGGCAAAUACAAUGCAUAAACAGAA